UUGUGCGCCAUGGGCCUGGUCCUCUCUGCCCUGGUCAUGGCCUUCGUUGGCCACCACUACGCCCAGACCAACGGCUUCAGCUGCCUGGAGGUGGGCGACGACUGCGUGUGCACCCUGAACCCCCACGAUCCUUUCGCCAGGACCUUCCCCUACACGAAGGUCAGCAACUGUGGAGCGGUCACUGGCACCCUGAAGCUGUACUUCCUGCUUCAGAUUGCCCUGAACCUGAUCAAAGCACUGGUAUGUGCCUUGGGGGCCUUCGUCAUGUGGAAGCACCGCUAUCAAGUGUUCUUCGUGGAGCUGCAGAUGGGCUCGCCCUCCUUCCAUCACUGGUAGAAGGUCUGAUGGGAGUUGUAGGAAGAAGAGGCCCAUGAUGAUGUCAUGAUGAGUUAGCCCAUGAUGAUGCCACUAUUGAGGGUAGAGUAUUGAGAGAUCAGCCAAUCAGAAUCUUCACUCAUUCUUCUCGAAUGGACAGAUGUAUUACAAAAACCUUUUGGUGUGUGCAUAAGUGUGUGUUUAGGUUGUUCUCAAUCAUAUUAACAUUUUGGGGUCGUUGACGUUUUCUAUAAUUGCAUUUUGAACGACUUUUAUAUACUGUAAGGAUAACUUUGUACUCGUAGUUGCCAAUGCUACAUGAGAUAUUUCUAAUAGAUGAAGAAAAGACACCAAACUACCAAAGUGGUACAUGGAUGGACAGCUGGACCGUGCCAUCCGAAGAAGGAAAUUAUGUUUACAUGGCUCAUUGGCUAAUUCAGCAGAACAGUGUCCCACUCCCUUCAAUAGUGAAGACCGUAUGCUAAAUCAGUUGUCUCAAGUUGAGAGAGAUUUGCCUUAUGUAAAAAUCAACUUUUGUGGUUCAUAAAUCACACGACACAACCGGAGACUAGAGCAGAAUGAGAAAGAGAAACGUGAUGCAUUAGCGUUAACUAGUGGUGGGUGGUAAUAUGGUAUUUACUGUACAAUGCAGAUACUAUGGUCAACUCUUUGUACAUACUACAUGAAGAGAAGGGUUUGAAAACUGAGAAAUCUGUUUCAUCUUCAAUAGAUACCUUAUUACUGGGGAUUUAAGUGGUGAGCGUUUAAGUAAUUUACAUGUACAUUAAAGAAAAAACGA